GCUGCGCGCUCGGAGCGGCCGCCGCAGCCCGGGGCCAUGGAGGCGGCGGCGGCGGCGGAGCCGGGCCCCGCGGCGGGGCCGCAGCCGGGAGCCGAGGAGAUCGACAUGUCCCUGGACGACAUCAUAAAGCGCCACAAGAAGGAGCAGACCGAUGCCCAGGCGGCAGGGAACCGGCGGAGACAGCAGAUGAAGAACCGGAAUCCGGCGUACGGGUACGGGCGGCCCCGCUUCCGCACCUGGGUGCAGAGGAAUUUGCAAGGACCUAACCGCUUUAGAAGAGGCUUUGGACAACAGCAGUACAAUAGAAGGCAAUUCAGGAACACGGCGCCCGGUCCCAGGAGAAGAGCAGCUGCCGUGUUAAAUGGAGUGAGCCCUUUAAAUCGCCAGGCGUCCGCUCAAGAGGGUAACAAGAGCGACGAUGCUUUUGCCAAAGGCGGUGGCGGCGGGCAGCCGGAGGCGCGGAGACGGCCGCUGCUGGGCCCCAAGAGAUUCAGAGCGGCAGCUGCCAACACGCACGCCGCGGGGAGAAGCAGGCCUUUCGUGCUGAACAGGGGACCAGGCUUCCAGCAGAAACGGAUGCAGCAGCGCUACUCCAAAGCCAACUUCCAGAGAGGGCAAAUGGAUGCAACUGGAGAAGGGAAGCAGCCAAGGAUGAGAAGGUGGCAAGUGAAACCCAGCCCCGGAGCAGUCCUGACGGUUUCCGUGGCCAACCCCCAGGCGGGCCAGAGCAGCGCGCCCGGAGCCAAGCGGCCGUUCCUGAGGAGCCCCAGGCCCCCGCCGCGGGUCUCCAAGCCCCAGCCGAAGGGAGUGCUGCUGAGGUUCAACUUCCGCGCGAUGGCGAACCAGACCAGCCUGACGCUGGAUGAGAGGUUCUCUGGUCUGAGGAAUAAGCGGCGCUUCGCGGCGGCGAGGAGCGCGGGCCGGACGGUCACCAUGCCGUAGCGCCGCCGGCUCGGCGCGGCGGCUGCCGACGGCGGUCGGGGCCCCGUAACGGGCAGCUCGAUGCAACUCGAUCGAUUUUCUCCGAGAUAGCUGAUUUGGCAAUGUGCCACCUCCUUCCCACCCCCACUCCCCCCCCUCCACCCCGAACGAGCGAGCGAGGGCAGGGACGAGGCGGCAGGAGACGCGGGGCCGGAUUUGCUCCGCGGCGGGGACGGGGGCGCGAGCUGCACGGCGCGCCGGCGGAGCCCCGUCCCGCGGAGCCCCGUCCCGCGGAGCCCCGUCCCGCGUCGCGUGGCGGGCGGGUGCCACCGCCGCGUCCGCCCCGUCCGGGGGCGGAACGGGCAGAGCGGCGCGGCGAGGGGCCGCUCCGGCCGCCGCCGUUCCCCAGCUCCCGCCCGAACGCCUUAUUUCUGGCGCGUGCCGGGGUCCCUGCCCUGAGGUUUGCUGUGUCCGACCCCGGUCCCGAGCCUGUCCCUGCCCGCUUGCUCGGCCAGGCCUCGCGCUGCUGGCGCUGCGUGCUGCUGGCGUGGCUUUCCCCGCCGGGGAGCGCAGACAGGCUGCCCCACUCCAACCCGGCUUUUCCAGCCCCGCGCGACGCCUGCGCUGGGGCUUUCGCAGGCGCAGCCCGUGGGGCAGCGUUAGGGAUUUCACAGGCGCCCGGCCCAGAGCACCGGCGCGGUCAGACUGGCGCGUGCGGGGAGGAGGCUGCACAGCGGUCGGAUGAAAAUUAGCCGAGGAGCUAAUGAGCUGCAUCCAGACAGUUGUUAACGAAGCCCUGCCCCAACCGCGAGUCGCUAAUCCCCCCGCUGCUGGAAGGCACCGCUGCGGACGCGCCGCACGCAGCCUGUCACUGCGCCCUAAGCUAGACUCACCACGGUAAAUAUUUGAUAGACCGCUUUACGUUUUACACCGAGUGUCUUUUAACAAGAGACUGGACUUGGAGUGGGUUUUAUAGGAGUUUGUGAAAUGUUACUAGUUUACUAAGCAGUGAUGUACGAGUCCAACGCACUGAAUAAUAAAAAUAAUAACAAUAAAAAAAGUGUCAAA